GGAAAGAUGGGUGGGGAAAGUACCUAAGGUCACAUCGAAGGGGAUGAUCCGAAUCCUGUCCUGCAACCGAAGCCUGGAGAGAUAGGAAGAAAUCUGCACCCAUCAUCAGAAACCACCCUUCAAUGGAUAGAAAGAACGCAAGUACCACAGCCCCUCCCCUGCACUAAUUCUUCCCACUCCCCACCACAGGCCACGUCCUCUCAAGUUCUUGAGACAAGGGUUCAAACUAGCCUUUACUGAACACCUGCUAGGUGCCACUCUUCAGAGACAGAGAGGAAAAUGAGACUCCGAGACGGGAAGCAACUUGCCCAAAGUCACCCAGCUAGCAACUCUCCCAGUCAAGACACAAGUCCUUCGGACUCCAGAGGCAGCUCUGUCUACCAGAGCGCCCAGGGAGGAGCCGAGGCCUGUAGUCAGGGGCGCAGCUUCCCUCUCAGUUUCGCACCGCGAGGUCGGCUCUCCCCAAGCCUGUUUCUCCAUCUGUACAACGGGGGUACAGACUUUUUAAGGAAGGCUGCCUGAGCUCUGACGAACUCGAGGUCUCGAGGGUGUUAACGCAUACCUGCCUGAGAAGCUUCCCCACUCGCCCAGCAGCCUGAAGAAACUGCCGCGGGCUCGGCUCCCGGACAUGCGUGACCCGCGCACCCAGGGAGGCAGGGAGCUCUCUUUAUCCAAGGACGUGGCCCCCUGUAUGGGUAGUGGGGGCCACAGGCUGGGACACCCCUGAUGUCAGAAGUCAGUGAGCAGGUUGACUGACCACAAGCAGUCCCUCAGCAUCAGCAUGGACUCCAGGAUCCCAUCUGCUAGGAGCUGGCUCAGCAGCCACCCACCCACCUCUGAACCUGACCUGGAGCCUGCCACAGAUGGGCCAGCUUCCGAGACCACCACACUCAGCCCAGAAGCCACCAGCUUUAAUGACACCAGAAUCCCUGACGUGGCUGGUGGUACAGCCGGCGUGGGCACAAUGCUUCUGUCCUUUGGGAUCAUCACAGUGAUUGGCCUGGCUGUGGCCAUGGUUUUGUACAUCAGGAAGAAGAAGAGGCUGGAGAAGCUGCGCCACCAGCUCAUGCCUAUGUACAACUUCGACCCCGCGGAGGAGCAAGAUGAACUGGAGCAGGAGCUGCUGGAGCAUGGGCGGGACACUGCCUCCGUGCAGGCCACCACCGCUGUGCAGGCCACGCAGGCCAAGACCACUCUCCCCUCUCAGGGCCCAAUGCAGAGGCCCAGCCGGCUGGUGUUCACCGAUGUAGCCAAUGCCAUCCACGCAUGAGGAGCCCAGGGACAGGCCUGGACCUCUGAUGAAGACACCUGCCACAGUGCCCUCAGCUGCCCACUCCGAGAUCAUUAGGACUUCCUCUCAGGACCUGCCCUGCCAAGGCCUCAGCUAUUUUGAGGACCCAGCUGCUGACCCUCCAGGCUCUAAAAGAGGCCCCUGGCCAGGUUGGGCAUAUGGCCACUGAUAUCCCCUGACCUGAGGGUCCUGGAAUGCAGAGCAUCCCUCAUAAGGCUUCCUUAUACUGGCUGGCUUCCUUGUGCCCUUCCCAGACCCCUCACAUCAGGGUUUGCUCCUCUAAUGUGGAGGAAAUGGGGGGAGAUGUGGGAUGGGAGGGGGAAGGGAAGGAGAGUAGGGGGGGUUCCCAUCCAUCAGGGAGAGACAUAUCUUUGGAAUCUGGAGUCUCCCCGGGUGGAGAGAGGCAGCCGCCCCGGUCUCAGGCACAUGGUAUGGUGGUACCCUGGGAGAGGCUCAGGGAUAGAGCUGAAACUGCCCAGUGGGCAAAGAUGCCAGGAGGAGGGCUGCUCAUACCCAAGGUCAGUCCAUAUCACAGGGAUCCAUGAGGUCUUCCAGCCACCCCUCCGUGGUGGUCGGCUAUUGGCUGGGCCCAAGCUAGGAUGAGAGCUGAGGGGGAAGGGAGGUGGGGGAGCAGGUGUGGAGGGAUGCAGUUCCCGGACCUUCUAGAAGGCCUCCUGCAUGCACAUGAGGGUGCCCACCUGCAGACACGUGCCUGUCCCAGCACAGGGGGCAGGAUGGAGACCCCUGCAUUGGUUCCACUCUCCAAGCCAACCCCCACCCCAUGGUGUGUAGAGGAACAUUAAGUAGGCCACCUUCUCCACCUUCAGUGUUCAGGGACUGAAGGAAGAGGGAAGCAAAGGCAAGGGUCCACUGCCUACCACAUCCCUUCACUGGGCUCUAAAAGCCAGGCAACCUGCUUCUGGAACAGUUCCCUGUCUUGGUGUUUAUCAGGGACCUGGUGUUGGGGGAGAGACUAUUGGUCGGAGGGUGGUGGUCGCCAGCUGCAGGCUAGCAGGGGAAGUUCUGAGUGCCUGAAACAGGGUGGGGAUAGCCCCUUGGAAAACAGACCUAAGAGACCUAGUCUGGGUUUUGAUCACACAACCCACCUACCCAUUGUCCACCCACCCCAUGCCCCGCAGGAAUUCUGCCAGGCUGGGGCAUCUGGGCAAGGCACUAGGUCAAGCCAGACCCCAAGAGCUGGGCACUUCUCCGCUGGACACGCAUGUGCACCUGAGCAGGCACAGACGCAUACCCCUGUGCCCAGCCUCGCCGCCGGCACCGUCCUCUGCUGGUUGGCGGGGACACGAGGGUGGCAAAUGCGAGGUGUCAGGCUGUGAGGGUCUAGGAGGACUUCAUGGGGAAGGUUCUGGAUUUAUUUCCUCCUCAAGAUGCUAUAAAUACGUUAGCAUUUGAGCCAACUGGAGGGCUGUGGGUAAUUUAGGAUGCACAGAAGCUGUAAUUUAACUCAUAGCAUCUCCAUGUGAGAGCAUUAAAGAUGUAAUUAAGAUGUUUACACAAAGAGAUUGUGAGCCUGUGACACUGGGGAUGUGAAACCCCAGGAGCGGUGGGGUGGGUGAGGGGCUGCGGGGGGCAUGGUCGCUUGGAUCCCAGC